GUUAGGACAAUACUGCAGAACAGAAUGCUGAAGAACGGUCAAACUUUCUGUUUGAGCUAUUGCUCUCAGCAUGAUUUUUUAUCCACAGAACGAUGGAGUUUCUGUUGACCUUCAGUUAUAUUGAAGGUGUCCCCCCCUAACAAAAUUUCUAUCUAUGGACAAAGGCAAGAGGACUAUUACAAGCCAAACCGGUGAGAGAAAGGUGGCAAAGGAGAGAAAUUGACGGUGGUUCAAUGGUUGUUCAAUGGUUUGACGAUCCCUGAAAACUUCACAGCUUCACUUGUAUAUAAAACGCUCAGGGAUGAAUCCCGAGGGUGAUAGAAGAAAACCCAUCUUCUUCCAUUCUAAAUAGAAUAGUCUGGAUAAAUAAAAAAUUAAGGGUAGUGAUCAUAAAACAACUUAAGAGAGAUGGGUGGAGUGAUGUUACUGCUGUUAGUAUGCCUCUCGGCCGGGGCUAUGGUGACCUGGGCCGAAGACCCAUACUUGUUCUUCACGUGGAACGUCACUUAUGGCACCAUCUCUCCUCUGGGCGUCCCCCAGCAAGGCAUUCUCAUCAACGGCGAAUUCCCCGGACCGAAUAUCAACUCCACCACCAACAACAACAUCGUCAUCAACGUGUUCAACAAUCUCGACGAGCCAUUCCUCCUCACCUGGAAUGGCAUUCAGCAAAGGAAGAAUUCGUGGCAAGAUGGCACGCUCGGAGCCAAUUGCCCAAUCCCUCCAGGACAGAAUUAUACAUACCGCUUCCAAGUUAAGGACCAGAUUGGGAGCUACUCCUAUUACCCGACCACCGCCAUGCACAGGGCAGCUGGUGGAUUCGGUGGCCUCCGCGUGAACAGCCGUUUGCUGAUUCCUGUCCCCUAUGCUGACCCUGAGGAUGAUUACACCGUCCUCAUCGGAGACUGGUACUCCAAGAGCCACACCACACUCCAGAAGUUUCUGGACAGUGGCAGAGCCCUCGGCAGACCCGAUGGAGUGCUCAUCAAUGGCAAAUCCGACAAGGGCAAGGGCAAGGGCAAGGAAGAGCCUCUCUUCACCAUGAAGCCAGGGAAGACGUACAAAUACAGGAUUUGCAACGUCGGUCUCAAGAAUUCCCUCAACUUCAGGAUCCAAGGCCACCCGAUGAAGCUUGUUGAGAUGGAGGGGUCCCACACGAUCCAGAACUCCUACGACUCCCUCGAUGUGCACGUUGGGCAAUGCUUUGCCGCCCUUGUCACAGCUGAUAAAGAGCCAAAGGACUACUACAUGGUAGCCUCAACUCGAUACACCAAGACUGUGCUCACCACCACAGCUGUUAUCAGCUACACUAAUGGCAAAGGUCCUGCUUCACCCAUCCUUCCCGAGGCUCCCGUGGGCUGGGCUUGGACCCUCAAUCAGUUCCGCUCCUUCCGCUGGAAUCUCACAGCCAGUGCUGCCAGGCCUAACCCUCAGGGUUCCUACCACUACGGACAGAUAAACAUUACUCGCACCAUCAAGCUUGUUAACUCAGCCAGCAGGGAGGGAGGCAAGCUUCGUUACGCCAUAAACGGAGUCUCACACACAGACCCUGCAACCCCACUAAAGCUCGCAGAAUAUUAUGGAAUUGCAGACAAGGUCUUCAAGUAUGAUACCAUUUCUGAUGAUGCACCAGCAACAGAUUCGGACAAGAUAACUGUGGAACCAAACGUGGCCAACGUCACUUUCCGCACUUUCGUGGAGAUCAUUUUCGAAAACCAUGAGAAGAGCAUCCAAUCAUGGCAUCUUGACGGAUAUUCCUUCUUUGCAGUUGCAGUUGAGCCAGGAAGGUGGACUCCAGAAAAGAGAAAGAACUACAAUCUCCUUGAUGCAGUGAGCAGGCACACAAUCCAGGUCUUCCCUAAAUCAUGGGCAGCCAUCAUGUUGACAUUUGAUAAUGCCGGCAUGUGGAACUUGAGGUCGGAGUUGGCAGAGAGGCACUACCUGGGCCAACAGCUUUAUAUUAGUGUUCUUUCCCCUGAGCGAUCUCUCCGAGAUGAGUACAAUAUCCCUGACAAUGCCCUGCUCUGCGGCGUUGUCAAGGACCUGCCAAAACCUCCACCUUACUCCAUCUAAAGUUCCAGCGGCACAGCUCAUGUGGGCAGAGAUAAGGGUGAUCAAGAGAAGUGUGGAAGAAGCACUUACGACGAGCUAGCUGUGA